UCUUUCGUCGUUCGUGAAGUUAAACAGUUCUUCUUCAAAAAUGAGCAUAUUUCCGGAUACUCUGCGCUACAUCGAGGUGGAACCCGAUCCGAAGACCCGCGCCGUAUUUUUGGACGCCAAACCUGCCUACUUGGAUCACCAGCAACAUCAGAACCGUCAGACGACGAAUGGAUUCGGCAAUCGUGUGGGAUUCACGGAAGGCCCUCCGAGGGAGGCAUUUGGCGACGGGGGCGUCGUAAUCAAGUCUGACAUCAUCUACGACAGCUCGAAGCCAGUCUACAACGUGCUCCGACUUUUGGGAGUUUUCCCGUUUAUGAGGCCAACUGCCGGAAUGACCAUGUUUGCCUGUGCCAGUCCGGCCAUGGCGUACAGUGUGGUAUUCCUGGUGGUGCUGACGAUCUACGUGGUCUUCAUCAUGAUCAGCAGGAUUGACAUAGUCCGCACGCUAGAAGGGCGCUUCGAAGAAGCCGUAAUCGCCUACCUCUUCAUCGUGAACAUCCUCCCGUUGAUCAUAAUUCCCCUGAUGUGGUACGAAACGCGAAAAGUGUCCAACCUCCUGAACAACUGGGUGGACUUUGAGGUCCUGUACCAGAAAACCGCCGGACGUGAGCUGGCGCUGAACCUGAAGAACAAAUCGCUGCUGAUUGCGGUGUUGUUGCCAGUUUUGUCCUGUGCCUCAGUGAUUAUCACUCACGUUACCAUGGUGGAGUUUCAGCUGGUUCAGAUCGUGCCGUACUGCAUCCUGGAUACGCUCACAUACAUGAUGGGCGGAUAUUGGUAUUUGGCGUGCGAAACGCUCAGUACGACGGCGAACGUGCUGGCGGAGGACUUUCAAAUGGCCCUCCGCCACGUUGGCCCCGCCGCCAUGGUCUCCGAAUAUCGUUCCCUAUGGCUUCGACUCAGCAAGUUGGCCCGCGACACGGGAUUCUCCACCUGUUACACCUUUACCUUCAUCUGUCUGUACCUCUUCUUCAUCAUCACCCUGUCGAUCUACGGACUAUUGUCGCAAAUUUCCGAGGGCUUUGGAAUUAAAGAUAUUGGGCUGGCCGUUACGGCAUUUUGCAGCAUUGGGUUGCUGUUUUUCAUCUGCGAUGAGGCACAUUAUGCGUCGUUUAACGUGAGGACGAAUUUCCAGAAGAAGCUGCUGAUGGUGGAGUUGACCUGGAUGAACUCGGACGCCCAGACGGAGAUUAAUAUGUUUUUGCGCGCGACCGAGAUGAAUCCUUCGAGCAUUAAUUUGGGCGGAUUUUUCGACGUCAAUAGGACAUUGUUUAAGUCGCUUCUAGCAACGAUGGUGACGUACUUGGUGGUUCUUUUGCAGUUCCAGAUUAGCAUUCCGGAUGAUCCGACUGCAAUGCUGAAGCAGAACUCGACGGCAGCGCAUUGAAAUUUAUAGUUUUUAUCCUUUUAAGUAAUAGUCGCCAUCGUAGAUCAAGGUGUAGUAAAAUUAGGCACAACAAAGAAUCGUUUGUACCUGCUUGCUCGCAGAGACAAAUAUUUCCAUGUGAGUAAUCAGGUGAUGAAAAAUCUGCUACAAUUUCUCAUCAAUGGAUGCAACUGUGUACAUCUCCACCGUAAGAAUCUCAUAUUUCACCCUCCUCGUAAUAGACACAUCUCAUUUCAUUUCGCCGCAAAUUGAGUCGAGACGUAUUACUUUGCAGUUCUGGACCGGAGAUUGCACCCGCACCCGCGUGGCUAAUGACUGGCAUUACCGCUAAUUGAAACCGAUAGCGUAUAAAAUAUCUCAAUUAAUGCACUCUGUCAUUAGAACUGAGGCACUCCACACAGAGCCUGCAAACAUACGGCAAAACGACAGUUGAGUUAUGCAGAGUGGUCUCUUCAAAAAUUCAACCAUCCAAAAAAUACGCAAACUAGGAAGUGGCUUAAGAUUCCUUUACAGAAUGCAGCAGCGAAAAAAUGAGAAUCGAAUGAUAAAGUGGCGUCGUCGAGUGACCGACCAAUCGAUCUGGGCCCGAGCGAGUCAUCAUCGCCAAACACACUCCGAGACCAAGCGAGCUGAGUGCUGAACUGUGAGGGAUCUCGAUCGAGGAGGAGACUUCAACGCGAGAUUUCAACCGCGCGGGCGACCUUCGCCGCUACAAACACGGCCCGUUCCAGUUGGCAUAUAUGGCGAUAUGAAAUAAAUGUGUCGUUUUUUUUUUACUUGCUUGCUUCUCAUAUUAUAUUGUAAAGGGGGAAAAUAAAAUUACACAUUAAAGGUAUGAGCUUUAAAUUAAAAAUUAUAAUACGUUUUUAGUGUGGCCCUCCGGCUGACUUGGCCUGGCUAGAAGCUGCGAUUGAUAGACCUCUCCUACCCACGAGAAGUUCUAGCUUAUAUGAGAGUUAAGGUUUCUCACGUGCUGAGAGCUGCUGCUGCUGCUUCUCGCGGGUUUAAAUAUAGCAAAAAUCAUAAAAUAUGGCAAAAUACUAGAUUGUGCACGAAUGAUAACGCGCGAAACGUCUUGGGGCGCAGAAUGAAAAACGGUAUCGCUAAACUUGGCGAAAGAUACAAGGAUUAAAAACGUUAGAUAAUGUGGACUGUGAAGCGAACAUUAAUAAAAAAAUGACGCGUCCGAUAACCAUGCUGUCUGCCUUCGGCGUGGCGAAAAAAUGUCAUUGACAAGGUAUUAUAUGUAUUUUUCUG